AUGGCGUCCCGUCGUUUGCAAGCGUCGCUUAGAGAAGCAGUACGCAGUUCUCGAAGCGCUGCUCAUGCUAGCAGCAGCAGCUCAAGCCGUGUCUCCGUGGCUUCUAUGGCUAGUGCCCCAUCGUCAACGUGGUCCUCGCAAGCACGAGCGUUCGCUUCGGCCGCAACAAGCACUGCCUCGUCUUCCUCCUCCUCCGCAGCAUCACCAUCGCCUGUUUCUCCAAGAGGCGCAAACUUCCGUCAGUCUUCGUCUCCUGCACUUGGUACCAACGUCACCGGUGAAAAGGUGCUUUCCCACUUCUCUUCGGCGCCCUUCUCGUCGUCGUCUUCAGAUUUGCUUGGCUCAAAUGCAGAGCUCGCGCUGCGCGCCGUCACACACGAGUCGUACUUCAAUGCGCGCGAGGGUCACAACCGAAGACUUGCGUUUGUCGGUCGCAGAACGCUCAAGCUCUUCACCACGCUGUUCCUUCACUCGCGCCUGCAGACCACUUCGAAAGGAGACGCGGCGCACGACUACAUCAACCGUCUGCUCGAAUCGCCCACCGGGGUUGACAGCAUUUUGUCCACACAUAGACUUGGAGACAAGGUCGGCAAGGGAAUCGGCCUCGAAAAGGUGAUGCGAUGGACGCCAGCAGUGACGGAUGGGCAGCUUGGACCCAAGGAGACGGGUCUGUUCAAGGUUCGGGGUGUAGCAGUCGAGGCAUUGGUAGGCGCCAUCUACCACCAAAAAGGCGCUUCUGAAGCUUCUCAAUUCUUCCAGAAGUGGAUUCUGCCGUCACUGCUACAAGACGGCUUCCCCGGUACUGUUCCCGAAGAACUCAAGCAGGGCAUCGUUUCGACAGCUGCUACUCAGUCAUAA